AUGAAUGCCUUUGAGCGUACGUUAGAGGAUAUGAAAUCUAUCAAGUUGUUAUGCAAGAAGCUGGGAGACACAAAACAAGAUCAGCUUGACAGAAUGAUUAGGAUCUUCUAAUCUAUGCCUUAAAAGAUUUAUUUUAGUAAUUUUUAUCAGAAUCAAUUGUACAAAAAUACUAUGGGAGUAUUUUCUAAGAAGGAUUGGAACAGUGAUUUUGUUACAAUUAGUGUGAUAGAUUAGGAAUUCUAAUUAGAUUGGCCUGAGUUGAUGAUUUACAUGAAGCCUUUUUUGAUGUUUUUUGUAAUCGAUUUGCAAGAAGGAUUGAUACCUAUAGAUGAGAUUAAUAAAUAAAAAAAAAAAGUUAAUGACGAUAAAUUAAUCAGAUUUCUGUUGUUCAAUUGUGGAGUGAAUUCAUUCUAAAACACAGAGUAAGAACAAACUUUCAUUAUCAUUCCACCUUUGAGUGAUGAUAAAAUGGUUUAUUAUUUAGAAGAUCAAUUACAACUGUAUUUGUGUUAAAUCAUCGAAUAUUUUGCAUCAGAAAUUUUGAGAUUGAAGAAUGAUCAAUCCCAACUCGUUGUCUUUAAUAUGAAAGAAGAGAAGAUUAGUGAUCAAUCCAAAUUGAAAAAGAGAAAACAAGGUAGACAAAUUAAAAUUAUGGGCGAUCUUGCACUCAUGAUCAAUGAUCCUUUCGAUGCCAUCGAGUAUUACAAAUAAGCUUUAGAUAACUUGAAUAAGAAUAAUGAUUACCUGUGGUGUGGAAUUGUUCAAUAACAUUUGGCAGCAUCCAAAUCUUCCUUUGAAGAAAUUGAAGAGCAUUUUAGAGAAUCACUAACAUCUCUAAAGAAAACCAAGUUUAUCAAUCUAGAAAUCGAAUGCUUCUUUAAAUUAAUGCAAUAUCGAAAAGCCUAAAAUGAUAAGUUGGGACUCAAUAAAACAAUUGACUUGUUUACUAAAACCUUUGAUCCUGAAUCCCCAAUUGAAAAAUGCAAAUUUUAUCUCUUUGUCUCAGAACUCUACGGCUAAAUACAAAUGAAAAGAAAAUAAGCUUAUUUCAUUCGCUUAGCAAGCUUCUAGUUGGCAAUAAUCAAUAAAUCCAUGUCUUUAGAACUUACCAAAAUAUCCAGCACCAUGUAUGGCCUCAAUUCUUACUUCUCCGACGAUUAGAGCAAUAUAUUCUGGACUUCCCUUUAGCACAAUUUUGUUUAGGAGAUCCAACAUAAUUUUUAAGGAAUACCCUAUUUCCAACACAACACCUAAAUUUAAAGAAUACAGAUGUUCAAACCAGAUUUUACAUAAUAACAACUAGAAACCAUGCUCUAAAUUCUAAAGUAGGAAUCGGUCAAAUAUGAGUUAAAAUAAACUUAUAUGCUGAUGAUUCCAAAAGUUGAAAGACUCCAAAUCAUACCUUUUAAGGAAAAGUUUAGCUUGAUUAAUAAAGAAGCUAAAGCAUAAGCUGAAGGGUAAGAUAUUUUUAUUGUAAAUCCUUGGGCGAAUAAGGAAUAGAAGAAUGAGUUGAAAUAUCCACUCAAUUCACUUAUUGAAAUGGUGUUAUACAUUUCGAAUGAAUACUCCUUCGAUUUGUAAUUGGAUAAGUUGGUAUUAGAGAUAGAAGGCAGUGAUUGUGUUUCUUAUCCCAAAGGUAUCACAUUGCUGGCAAAUGCUAAAAAUCAUCCUGUGAGUUUUACAAUUAGACCCAAAUCAGUAGGAUUAUUAAAGAUUGUUGGGAUCAGAAUUCAAUAUUUGAACUACUAGUACGUUCAUAGAUUAAAUCAAUUUGGUUAUUCUGCCCUCCUUUCAUCAGAAACCCAAUAACAAGAACAACAACUCUUUAAUCUGCAUAACAUUCAAAUAAUUGAAGACAUUCCCAAUGUUUAAGCCUCAAUCUAUAGGGAUUCUACAUUAAUUAAUGAGGUAGAAGCUGUUUAUUUUGAUCCCAGUGAAUUAUUUACAUACUAAUUCAUCCUUAAGAAUAAAUCAGAACAAUUAAUAGAAAAUGUUGCAUUUGAGAUUAUAGUUGAGUCUGAAGAUCCUCCCAUCUAUGAAUACAAAUAGGUCAUCCAAAAUUUCAGUUUAGAUGGAUUUAGUUCCAUAAAUGUUUUACUAAGUGAUUUUGAUCUCGAAAAUCAAAAUAAUUAGGUGCAUAUCCAGAUUCCAAAAAUACCUCACAAGACUCAUCUCAUUAAGAAAAUAUCAUUGACUUUAUUCUUAUGGUAUAACAAUGCAUUGUACUAAAGAGAAAUCAAAUUGAAUCGUUUGAUUUCAAUACGAUAAAGGACUGUGAUUUAAUAAUGUCAUUUUGUUAGCAAGUAUAGAUGCAAUAAUGAUAAUAUCAGAGAAAUAUAUGAUUUGUAAGAUAGUUGUUUUUUGAGCAUUUAAAUAGUCAAGAAAGAUUUCUUAAUAAGUCUGGAAUUGCAGUCUUAGAUUUUAAUAGAUGGAUAAUUCAAUGAAAUUCUUAAUGAAGAUUGUGAAUAUUACACUUAGGCAUUAAAGCUUAGGAAACUACCAUCAAAUUAAUUAACCAACCCAGAUCUGAAGGUGAUUUGGAAGAACCUAUUUAGUGGCAAUGUUGGGAUUUUGAAUCCAUUUUAACAUCUCAGCUAAGAAGACAUCAUCAAACAUUGUUGCAAUGAUUUAAUAGAUAUUGAAUGUAAAGAAUCUAAUAAACAAAUCCAUUACAAAUUGAUAUUACACGAAAAACUGACCUCCAGUUAAAGCGUUAGUGUUGUUAUUAGUUUGACUAAUGAAUAUGUUAAUACUAAUUCGAAUUGCGCAAAAUCAAUGGUUUCAUCUGUUUAAAAUAUCAAUAGCCCAAUUAUCAUAGAAGGAUACACAUCAUUCAAUCUGGAAAUUGAUAAAAGCAAACAGACUUUAAAAAAUGGAUAAUUAGGUUAUUGUGGGUAAUUGAAUUAAUCAUGCUUAAAGUUCAUUGUAAAUGACUUUGAAAAUUAGAGGUAGUAUAUCAAGAGAUGUGAAAUAAAAUGA